GCUGAUAUAUCAGAUGGUGUCGUCAUGUUUGAUCUAAUAAUUACCUUGUCAUAUUUUGGGUGUGGGUGUGGGUGUGGGUAAUAGGUAUAGAUAGGUCGCAUCGGCUUCCUUUCUUCUCGAACUUCAUUCUUUUAUUAACCAAGGAACAGAGUUCGAGACCUUGAGAAUCACUGUUUGAUUGAUGAGCGUGCGAAGAACCUUAAAAAGAAGUUAUCGCGGAUUAUUUACUCUACCAGUCGAGCCAGUCCAGUCUACCCAUCACCCAACCCGCACAAACAGACUCAGGCCGCCCACUUUUCUGCUUAACCAUCUUCCUAUCUUGGGCAAGCUGGGCAAGCUGGGCAAGCUGGAUUGGGUGGGUGAUAAGCUUGGAUUUGCUUCACUCCCAUUUCUAGUCAAUUCUUCCUUUUGACAUAUAACAUAGAAUCUCCUUCAGUCUCUGCCAGUAUCUACAUUACUGGCACGAGAAAUCUCUGUCAACAAAUAUUCUACUUGGUUGUACCGACGUCAUUGUAACCCAAUGCCACAAUCGAACUUAUACCAAGUGGCAAUACAACGACAAGAUGACGAUGAGAAUGGAGAAUGAACAUGCAGACCAACGGCCAGAGGAGCCAAUGACCAUCUGGGGUGCGAUGACUGCUUUGAGGAGGCACACGAGAGUUCGCAAAUCGAUUUUGACUCCGGAGUCUGAGACAGCUCCAUUACUGGGCAAUGAGAGGGCACAUGAGGGGCAAAGUAGUGGAGGUAGUGAGGAGACAUCAUGGGAGGGGCAUGGAGAUUUUGCGGGGUUAACCUGGUGGCAUAAACCUUCUGUAUACUGGCUCUUAUUUCCAUUCUUCCUACUAGCUCUCGCAGUUGGUGGAAUUAUCGUACCGAAACUCAAUCUUAUCCUCGCCCUCGUAUGUCGAUCGUAUCUCGCAGAGAGAUCUUCUCAAGAUCCAAACUUCCUUUUCGCACCUGUGUUACUUGGAUCCGAUAAUCCGCAAUGUAGGAUUCCUGAAGUACAAUCGCUGGUCACCAAGUUCAUGUUAGCUAUCACGGUCAUUACUGGUAUUAUCAGCGCCAUGAUGUCCCCAGUACUCGGGGCUUGGUCUGAUCGGCAUGGUAGAAAGAAGAUUCUGGUAAUUUCAAGUUUUGGUAGUUUCUUGACAGAAAUUGUUACCAUUCUUGCUGGAAAAUAUCCAGAUAUUAUUUCAUACAAGUGGCUGCUUGCCGGUGCCGUGUUCGAUGGUCUCUGUGGUUCUUUCAUUGCGGGAAUGGCACUCACUCAUGCAUAUGCGGCAGACUGUACCGCUCCUCCUAAAAGAGCAGUGGCUUUUGCCUAUUUCCACGCCUGUUUGUUUUCUGGAAUCGCCUUUGGUCCUCUGCUUGCUGCAGCAUUACUUCGCUUAACCGAUAGCCUACUCACGGUAUUUUAUGUCGCUCUCGGCAUACAUACUUUCUUCAUUCUUUUCUUGCUCUUGGUAGUACCCGAGUCCCUGACUCAAAAACGGCAAGAAGUUGCACGUGAAAAACAUGCUGUUGAAGGUCUCCUUACAGCCAAUCAAACUUGGUUGGGAACGCUGAGGAGCAAAAAUCCUCUUGCAACACUCAAUGUUUUGUGGCCCACUGGCAGCGGAAACACUAAACACGUUCGCGCGAAUCUUGUUCUGCUUGCAACUGUCGAUACUAUUAUCUUCGGCGUUGCCAUGGGGGUCAUGACUGUUAUCAUUUACUACUCGGGCUUUCAAUUUGGUUGGAAGACUGCCGAAACAAGUCUAUACAUGUCAGUGGUCAAUAGUACUCGAGUCUUUACGCUUGUCGUUAUCCUCCCUAUUUUCAAUUACCUCGUUCGAACUAUACCUCGUAGAAGACAGCGCAGAGAAUCCGGGCUUGUCAUACCAGAAAAUCACUCUGGCGCCGAUUCAACAGAUCUCAUUGUUAUUCGACUUUCGAUUGCCUGUGAAAUAAUUGGAUAUUUAGGAUUCACAGUAGCUCGUAGUGGUCCGCUUUUUGUGGUUUCUGGAAUUCUAGCUUCGAUGGGUGGUGUAGGUUCCCCAACAUUACAAUCGGCAUUAACAAAGCACGUACCCCACGAUCAAAUAGGACAACUACUAGGGGCUACGGGUUUGUUACACGCGUUAGCGAGAGUUGUUUGCCCUACGAUUUUCAAUCUAAUUUAUGCUCAAACUGUUGGCACCUAUACACAGACAGUCUUUCUGGUUUUGACGGCGUGCUUUGUGUUGGCUUUUACUUUCAGUUGGUUUAUUCGACCUAAUGUCUCUCUUGAAUCCCAAACUCCGAAACGAGCAAGCUCACCAGAUAUUAUGGAUAGUGUAGAUGUUCGCAAUGACGAACAAGUUGUUGGUGUUUAAUUUAUUCUUCUUCUUGUUUUAAGUACAUAUUGUAUAACAGACAUUUAUUGGUACAUACUUUGAGUCACUCAUGAGAUAACUCGUGGUUAGAUACACGAUUUUCUUUUGUAAAGGGUGGUCUUGUGUGUUGGCGUUGGGGGUCAAGAUGGUUGACAGCACACGUAGCGACGGAUGCGCGUUUUGGCAUUCGGACUGGGAUACAGUACAAUUGCGCAUACUUGAGCGGUUCUUUUCGGUGGAUUUUUCGUAUUCAGUUUGCAUGAGCCAAGGAUAGAAUAUCAUGAUAGAGUUGCAUAGUAAGAUAACAGAAAAGUAGUUGGAUAAAGGCCGAUGGGCUUUGCGGUUAUUAUAAUGGCGUCUGAAGAUACGCAGAAUCUACACACACAUAUAUAUAUGAUAUCUAAUUUAAAUCACAUCACGAUU